AUGAACGAUCACGACGGCGCACCGCCAUCUCCCAACUCCCUUGCCUUCCCCUCUGAGGCGUCCCGGUCCCCUUCGCCGGAGGACCAACUCGACAGUCAUACCCGGGCCCAUUCGCCCGCACCGUCCGAUAUCGGACUGUCUCCGUCAGCAUCAACAUUCUUACGCACGGCCGAGACGCUCGAGGGACUGGCGCAACAGCUCUCGAAUCUCAGCAACGAUGCCGAAGAGGCGUCCGCACCGGGCGGGGCGGUGGUCUGUUGUUGCGGGGCGGUAGAUGGGAGAGGAUGUAAAGCUGCGCAGGGGAGGGAGAGGAUGGCUGAGAAAUUGAUUCUCAGCGGCGAGAUAGGCAAUGCGCUUCUGCAUCGCUAUGAAGCGCUCGAGAAGAAGCACGCUUUCGAGGUGAAACGGCUCCAACAUCAGCUCGAGGUCAAGCGGACUGCUCUGGCCGAUAGCAUACGACGGAUUAACGCGCUGGAAAAGGCGAAUGGGACGCAUUUGGGCAAAUACGCAGAUUUGAACAGGAAGCACGAGGCUUUGGAGAAGCGCUACACCCAAUCUCUUCAUACCCAAAACCUCACGCAGCAAUCGCUCACCCACGUUCGCACCGAGCUCACCACUUUACGAAACACGAUGCAACGCCAGUCCAUCGCUCUUGCUUCCGGUGCCGGGGUGGAAGAGCGCCUGUCAGACGCCGAGAGACGGUACGAGGAAGCGCGGGAGAUGCAGAUCGCGGCGGAACGAGCGGGGAAGGAGGAGAUACGCAAGCGGAGUCGGGCCGAGCUCCGUAUUGCCGAGCUGGAGCAACAGCUCCGGGCUGCACAGCGGGAGAUUGAGGAGAUCAAAGAAGCUCGAACGCGGGACGCAGAGGUACUCCUCGACAACGCCAAAUCACGCCUCGAGAACCUGCACGAGCAGCUCUCGUCCACUUUUCGAGCCGACUCACCGGCCGAACAGCCGGAAUACCUCCGCGCGCUGGAGGGACUCGUAGCGUCGAAUGCUAUGCUCAAGCACGAUGUCUCGGAGCUAUCGCAUCUACUCGCAGAGUCGAAGGAUGACGUCCGGUCGCUGCGGGAGGAGAAUGAUGAGCUGCGCGCAGUCAAUGGAGUGGCCGGGCGGGUCUCGCCGGGCGUCCCUCCACAUCUCGCGGCGGAGCUUCGGCAGGGGAAUCACUCGCGGACCGAGUCAUCUCCUACGGUCGGAGCGUUCGACCGGUCCACCUGGGCCAGGAUGUCGGUCUCGAGCUCGAUGCGAUGGGAUCAUAAUCGUCGCUCGUCGUUCGCUCCGUCCUUUGCUUCGACCUCGACAGCGGAUGGGGGUCUCACCUCACCCGGACUGGGUCUGGGGUCCAUUGGGGAGUUUGGCGGCGCGCUCUUGAGGGAUGGAGUGCUCAGUCCGCCUUUGCAAGCGACGGACGGGCGAGAAAGUCCUCAGGGAGGCGCAUUCAGGACGAGUCCGAGUGGCGGGAUAGGGUACGUGUUAAAUGGAGUGCCAAAGAUGGGGGCGGUCAAGCCCCAGUAUAGGCGCAGAGCGAGUGAUAGGCCUCAGAUGCCAUCCAGAAGCUAUACAUCUCAGGGCGUCGGCUCCAUCGCAGAGAGCGCACCCCUCGAGUCGGACGUCGGACACACAACGGACGAGCCCAUCUCCCCUGCAUCCGAGUACUUCCGCGCGGCGGAUGUCAGCCGGAAACGCCGCUCGCUCAUGCUUCAGCGGCAUCACUCUGCCUCACCGCACGAGUCGGCCGACUAUAGCUCUACCGCCUCUCGCACCCUCGUAGAUGGAGGUCUGGCCGAUCUCACUUCGCCCCGGAGCGAGGGAGAGGUGGGGACGGCGUUGCCUGCUAAGCCCAGCCCGGCGAAAGCGGCGCAUCGGCGGACAUUGCUUCUCCUGACCAAGUCAAAAGGGACGCAGACGGACCCGACCGAGUUUGACGUAGGUACUGUCAGGAUACCCACGUCGGACUACAUGGAUGGACCUCCAGCUCCCCCAUCCGUCGCUUCUACCGGAACAUCACCGCGGCCGGACGACCGGUCGGAGACGUCUUCCCUCCAUCCACCGGUCCAAGGUCCACUCAUGAUCUUUGUCGAACACCUCUCGAAACUGCUCGGCCGGCUCCGCGCAGCAGACAUCCCCACCCUCAAUCGCCGGCUCAAAAAGCAACACCUCUCGGGCGACGUCUCGCAUCUCUCCCGAUCGACCCUCCGGGCGCUCCAUACCGAGAUCGCCGAGACGAAGAACCUCUUCCGCGGGAUGCUCGACUCGAACAGUAUUCAGCGGAAAGAAUGGAAUAUGCUGUUCAAACUCAUGAAGGAUGUCUUUACCGAGCUGGUGGAUAUGCAGGCGGUCAUCAACGAUGUGACGCUGGAGCCGAAACUGGCCAAACGGCUGCAGAAGGAGGCGUUCAGGGAUGAGGAGGCGGAAGAGGCCGCAUUGGCGGCUGCUGCGGCUGGAGGAGGCGGGGUGGGGCUGGGAUGGAUAGCCAAUCCUAUCACGAGGCUGUUUGUCACGCCCGCGAGCGAGCCGGUGGCGGACAAUAAGGCAGGUGUGAGGGGAGGGGAUAGAGGGAAGUUGCAGGCAGGAGUGCCGGUCAAGGCGGUCUCGAAGCAGGCGGCCGUGUCCGGUGCCACGACCACACAUGUCAGUGUGGAGUUUGCAGGUGCGGGAAUGACUAGGCGGGCGACGCCGGCUCCUUCUGCUCUUGCCCCAUCUGCCUUGGGGUCGGGGUCCGGUGUGGUGGAUGCUCUCCCGCCGAGCCCAAAUCCUACCGCUCCGCCUGGGGAUCGGAGUCGGCAAGUCUCAGCCAACUCGGUCGCUACUGUCGAAUCUACCAGGGCGGACAUGGCGGGCACGACGCGUACUCUACGUCCACCGGGGACACUGCGGCCCAGCAAGUCCCGGGCAAACCGGAAUGAGCUGCUGGGGAUUUUUGCGGGCGCGCAGAACCCUCGGCCACCCAUGCCUCCUGCCGGUUCCCCAUGGCUCCUUCUCGACUCGGACGGCAUCCCUCCUCCUACCCCCAAACUCCGGUCAGCGAGCUCCCAGUACUUUGGUCCGGGCGCAGAACGGACCAUCCGCGCUCGGGACGGUACAACGCAGCGGAAACGCCUCUCCGCGGUCGUCGACGCCGUCAUUGACAACAGUCAAGGUGACGACGGGCAGGGCAUGGAUGACACGACGCACGACCUGCCAUUCCAGCAACAAUUGCUCACGCGGACAUUACGGCCUCGGGGGUUGAGCGACAGCUCUAUUCGCUCAACAUACGUUAGCCAUGCGGCCACGAGCGAGAUGAUGCCCUCUGCGCCUCCCGCGGAGUUGGGUGCGGCAGUAGCGCGUCAAGGAGGAUAUACGGGCGGUCUUCUGGCGGGACUGGGGAGGAGGCUUUACUGGGCCAAGUCGGACGUCUCGCCUGUCAAUCCUAUGGAUAUGCCUCCGCCCCCACCUCCCCCGGCACAGCCACACCGAACCACCUCGUCCGGAUCCAAGGAGGUCAGGGAACCCCUCAAUCGCUCCACAUCGACCUCGGCGGCGAAACCAAUCUCGGCUUCGGCCUCGCCGAAUAAGCGGGGUACUGCCCAAGCACCGGUCGGGGGUGGAGGAGGCUUCAUCAGCUUCUUGGAGAAUAUAGCAGGGGAGGGCGCAAAGAAGGGGAUGGACGCGGAGGAGGAGGGGGCAGCGAAACGAAGAGGUGGGGAGAGCAGUCUGGACCGGAUGGAGAGGGAAGAGAUGAUCGGUGCGAGCUUCAGACAGGGGGUGAUGCUUGGUCAAGGUGGGGCGAGGUAG